GAGGAGGAAGAGGAAAGAAGAUGGAAGGGAACAGGGACGAAGCAGAAAAAUGUAUAAAUAUAGCGACGAAAGCCCUAGAAGCCGGAGACAAGGAGAAAGCGGUGAAGUUUCUUAACAAAGCGGAGAAGCUUUACCCGACCGACAGAGCCAAAGCAUUGUUGGAUGCAUUAAUGAAGAAUGGGAGCUCAGCGGGUAACGGCGCUUAUCGAAGGAGACCAGCAGAAAGCUCAGAAAGGACCAGUGCCCAGCCAGAAAGGGAAAGCCAAGAGUCUGGUGUGGGUGAUUCUUCUAAAGGCUUCACCAAAGACCAGGUUGAAGGUGUGCAAAGAAUAAAGCGUUGUAAGGACUACUACGAAGUCCUGGGUGUCAGUAAAGAAGCCAAUGAGGAUGAGCUCAAGAAAGCUUACAGGAAACUAGCGCUCAAGUUCCAUCCAGACAAAAAUCAUGCACCUGGAGCAACAGAGGCCUUUAAAAAGAUUGGUAAUGCAUAUGCAGUGCUGAGCAAUCCAGACAAAAGACGGCAGUAUGACCUGACCGGAGGGGAAGAGCCGAGCAGCCCGGGUCACUCACACGGAGGAGGAUUUGACUUCCACAGGGGCUUUGAGGCGGACAUCACUCCCGAGGAUCUCUUCAACAUGUUCUUUGGAGGCGGCUUCCCCUCCUCAAGUGCACACACCUUCACCAACGGCAGAACGAGUUACAGCCAUCAGACAGAUUACCGGCAAGAGAGAACAGAAGAAAGAGGAGAUGGUGGUUUCUCAAUGUUUAUCCAGCUGAUGCCCAUUGUGGUCCUGAUUUUAGUGUCAAUACUGAGCCAGAUGAUGGUGUCCCCCCCACCUUACAGCCUCUACUCUAGACCGUCCACGGGUCAGACCUUAAAACGGCAGACAGAAAACCUUCGUGUCGACUACUACGUCACUAGAGAUUUCAAGUCAGAGUACAAGGGCUCGGCCCUGCAGCAGAUUGAGAAAAAUGUGGAGGAGGACUAUGUAGCUAAUGUCAGAAAUAACUGUUGGAAGGAGAGACAGACAAAAACAGACCUGCUGUACGCUGCUAAGGUAUACAGGGACGACCGAAUGCGCAAGAAGGCAGAGCUCAUGACCAUGGAUAACUGCAGGGAGCUGGACAGACUAAAUAACCUAUUCAGAGGCGGAUGAGUUGAAUGCUUUUAGAUUAUGUAAAUGUAUAUGAAUAGAUGUGUAUGUUCAUGUUUUUUUUUAAAGAAGAGUCUUUACACUAGGAGCAAAAACUUAAAUACAUUAGUGCGAUUGUUGAAGUCCAUGUCCAUAUUUUCAUACCCCCAUCCCCCCACCAACUUCUCUUCUUCCUCACUCCAGCCUGACCCCAGGAAUCGCCUUGUUACAACUUACUGAACCAAUCUACACACACUGUAGAAAGCCCCAGACAUUUUCUUUUGUUUACUCUGCUUUUCUUGUUUUCCUAGAAACAGGAAGGACAAAGACACUUGAUUGUAAAGGCUUGUACUUCGAGUAGUGAGAACCCGAGAGGCAUUCUGCAUAAGAAAAUCACUCGAUUUAAGAUCGACCAACAGCUUUUGUCAUCAUCUGCUUGACACAAAUAUAAGAUGGGAGACUUUAUAGGUUCAUCUGGAGGUGCUGUCCUCCAGCCAGAUACAUUUUUUUGAAGAACACAGAAUGCUUCUUUUAGCUUCCUGCUUAACUCGGAAAUGUGGCUGAAGAUCAUGUGGAUCAUGAAGAGUUAUCUAUGAUUUUGCUACUAGAGAACAUUUUUAUGUUGUCCACUUCAGAAUGUGAAGACAUUUGGGACUUAAUGUGGAAGGACACUGAAACUGUUAUUCAUAUAAGUUGUUGUACAUUUUCAUUUUUGGAAUGGUCGAAAUUUAUGCAGUUAUUUAAGUAACAAUAGAAGAAGAGGUUUUUCUUCAAUGCUCGCCUAAUCAUUUAAAUAAAGGAAAAUUAUUACCUUA